AUGGCCAACGAAGGCGAAACCCAGUCUAUUGGCCCUUCCGAUCAACUUCAUCCCAUUGCGCGCUCUAAUUCCUCCACUUCUACGAGCCCUUCAGACUAUAACAAACCCAUCAUUCACCAGCCUAUCUCCCAACGGCCACCAUUGCCUACUCGAAAGAGCAGUGGCUCUCUGGUGGUACCCCGUGAUAGCUCGGCUGUUGGCCCUAUCGAACCUAACUUUGGGCCAGAUGACAUCAGGGCAAUAAGCCCAAGGAGAACCAGCGAGGAGCUUGAUAAGAUUGGCAAGGAGGCGCGAGAAGAGAUAAGAAGGAUUAGAUACGUAGACGCGCUUCAGGACUCCCUCCUCAUAAUUUUUAACCGCAUCGAGGUGCUACACGAAGAACACGAUAAGCUCCAUACUAACAACAAGUUCCUGCAGAAGUAUAUUGGUGAUCUAACGAGUGCCAGUAAGAUUACCGCUUCUAGAAGCCAGAGAAAAAAGUAA